GUACUUCCGUGGUGGGGGGUGGAGCUGUGAGAAGAGCCAGGGGGAAGGACCCGCCUUGCUCCCCACUCCGCUCACUUGCUCUAGUCCCAGGUCUGUCUGCAUUCAGUCGCACCAUGGGCCUCCAGUAGAGAACAGGCUCCUCUCUCCUCCCAGGCUUGGUGCCUCACCCAGGGGUCUCCAGCAUCAGCAUCCCGUGGCCCGCCACCUCUCCUGGCUUCCCUUCAGGAUGCUCCAGACCUUGUAUGACUACUUCUGGUGGGAACGCCUGUGGCUUCCUGGGAACUUAACCUGGGCCGACCUAGAAGACCGAGAUGGACGUAUCUAUGCCAAAGCCUCGGACCUCUACAUCACACUGCCCCUCGCCUUGGUCUUCCUCAUCAUUCGUUACUUCUUUGAGCUUUACGUAGCCACUCCCCUGGCGGCCCUCCUGAAUGUCAAGGAGAAAGCACGGCUGCGGGCCCCUCCCAAUGCCACCCUAGAGCACUUCUACCUGACCAGCGGCAAGCAGCCCAAGCAGGCAGAGGUGGAGCUGCUGUCCCGGCAGAGUGGGCUGUCUGGCCGGCAGGUAGAGCGCUGGUUCCGCCGCCGCCGCAAUCAGGACCGGCCCAGUCUGCUUAAGAAGUUCCGAGAAGCCAGCUGGAGGUUCACGUUUUACCUGGUGGCCUUCAUCGCUGGCAUGGCUGUCAUCAUGGAUAAACCCUGGUUCUACGAUUUGAGGAAAGUGUGGGAAGGCUAUCCCAUCCAGAGCAUCGUCCCUUCCCAGUACUGGUACUACAUGAUCGAGCUCUCCUUCUACUGGUCCCUGCUCUUCAGUAUCGCCUCUGAUGUCAAGCGGAAGGAUUUCAAGGAACAGAUCAUCCACCACGUGGCCACAAUCAUCCUCAUCAGCUUCUCCUGGUUUGCUAACUAUGUCCGAGCCGGGACGCUCAUCAUGGCCCUGCAUGACUCUUCGGACUACCUGCUGGAGUCAGCCAAGAUGUUCAAUUACGCCGGGUGGAAGAACACCUGCAACAACAUCUUCAUCGUCUUCGCUGUCGUGUUCAUCAUCACCCGGCUGGUCAUCCUGCCCUUCUGGAUCCUGUAUUGCACACUGGUGUACCCACUGGAGCUCUAUCCUGCCUUCUUUGGCUAUUACUUCUUCAACCUCAUGAUGGGAGUGCUGCAGCUGCUGCAUAUCUUCUGGGCCUACCUCAUUUUGCGCAUGGCCCACAAGUUCAUAACUGGAAAGCUGGUGGAAGAUGAACGCAGUGACCGGGAAGAAACAGAGAGCUCUGAGGGGGAGGAGGCUAUGGCUGGGGGAGGAACCAAGAGCCGGCCUCUGGCCAAUGGCCACCCUGUCCUCAACCACCACCAUCCUAAGAAUGACUGAACCAUUGUCCCAGCGGCCAGCCUUGCAUAUUCAUGCAGAAAGAACUGCCCCACCUUCCCGACAGGGCCACUCCAAGUUUUGGGGAGAAAGUGGGAGGAAGGGCUUGGGUUCUUCCUCCCUGCUGCUUUGUCACCCAGAGGCCUCUAAACCAAAUUCUAA